AUGGCAUCACAUGACGUUCCUACUACAUCUCACGCCGAACCAUUAUGUCAUAGUCGCGGUUCAUCAAUUGUAGACGUAGUUGAUAGGAUUUGUGUAGACGACGGUGACGCCGCGUGUAGUUUGCGUUCAGCACAAUCCAAAUCUCGGGUUUCAUCUUCAUCCGUAAAGGCGCGUAGGGCUGCUGUUGAAGCCGCUUACAAGCGACGGCAGUACGAGCGCGAGGCUAUGCUUGCACAACGUCUUUCGGAAGUUGAAGAUGCCGAAUUCCGUGCCGAGAUCGAACAAAUCAAUGCGGAUGCGGACUGUGAAGGUAGCAAGCGAAGUAGGAGCACAUCUAUUCGUAUGAGAACACAGCAAUGGAGAACGUUGCACGUUUACAAAACGUGCUCCGUGGCCCCGCACGAGAAGCCGUCUCUUCACUUCUCGUCUCUGCAGAGGAUCCCGAAGAGAUCAUGUGCGCACUCGAGCGUAGUUUUGCGUCACCCGAGAUGAUCGUCUU